GUUUAAACUAAGUAUUGUAUUAUUGUAUGCAUAAAUGUGGGUCAAUCAAAAUUAAAUAAAAAAUUAAAUAAUUAAAUAAAUAAAUAAGGGUAAUUUAGUAAUUUGCUUAGUAACUUCCAAAAUUAAUCCCUAUAAUCAUGGUAGACUUUUAACCUAAUCUCUCCUGUUUAAAUCUCGUUCCCCUCUUUUAUCUAAAACGCCGAUCUAAUCUCUCCUGUUUAAAUCUCGCUGCACUCUUUUAUCUAAAACGCCGAUCUGCAAAGGAAAAGGGAUGCGAGUAGCAGCAGGUGGGGUGAGAUCAGAAAAGAGAGCGAUGGGUGAGACCAGAAGAGGGUCCGACGAUAGGUGGGGCUUCGGUGGCAUUGGCUCGACGGAAGAAGAAGAGGUGGGUGCGGGUUCUUUUAGAUCAAUGCUUCCGACCUCCAAUCUCCACCGCCGCCAGCAUUCCGAUCAGAAUUCAAUUUCAGAUUCGCUGUUGGUGGGAUUGUUCGCAUCAAGACAACAGUUUACAAGACCCAAAAAUUUGAUUUUUAAACCUCCGAUUCUGAUUUGAACUCCCGAUCGAGCCUAGAACAUGAACGCUAGUACUUCGAUUUCAAUUCGUACGACCAAUUUCCGAUUGCGAAUUUGUUUCGCUUGUGUAUCUUGAGGCGAGAGACGAACUUUGGCAUCUUGAUUUGGCAGGUUCGUUUCAAAUCUAGUCAAUUGAUUAUGGAACGAAAGUGGAUAUCAGGUUCGUUCCUUCGCUGGAAGUAACAUUUUUAACAGAGAUUGAACUACUGUCAAGACUUUAUCACUGCCAUGUGGUGCCAUUACUUGGGUACUGUUUAGAAUACCAAUACCACACAAAACAGCCUGAAAUGCUUUUGGUGUUUGAAUACAUGCCAAAUGGCAACCUGAGAGAGUGUCUGGAUGGGGUUUCAGAAAAAUGUCUAGACUGGGGGGCCCGCAUUGAAGUAGCCAUUGGAGCUGCUAGAGGGUUGGAAUAUCUUCAUGAAGCAGCUGCACCAAGAAUCUUGCAUAGAGAUGUUAAAUCCACUAACAUUCUAUUGGAUGAAAACUGGAGAGCAAAGAUUACUGAUCUGGGAAUGGCUAAGAGUUUGGUGAAAUGAUUGGUGAAAUGAUUAACAUAUGGUAUAUAUCACUUCAAUGAACAGAAAAAUCCAGCAGGAGUACAGAAGCUCAUAGGUGGUCAACAGUUGAUCUUGACCACCCUCAGAUCAUAAACAUACAGAACUAUAGCAUUUUUUUAGCUACAUGUAACGUAGGAGGAAAAUCCCCUUCCAACAAAAUGAAUCUUGGUGAGAUUCCAAUUCUUUUGGAAUGGAAUCACGAAUUCCAAUUCCGUUGGAAUGGAAUCAUGAAUUCUAAUUCUGUUGGAAUGGACAGUUUUGUUGGAAUUACAGAAGUUGAUGCUUGAAGAACGGACCACAAAAUUGAAACGGACC